GAUGCUUUCCUCAGUUGUACGUUGCAGUCGCUCGGAUACGGAUGUUUUGGGGAAGGAAAACCUAGUGAAAUCCACGGUCGAAAACCGAACUGUGUGACAGUGAUGUCUUAAUACAAUAUUUUGACUAGAAAAGGAAACUCACCUGAAGACAGUGUUUAUUUUUCAGUUCCUUCCAAUUACAAUCGGAUUAGAGAGAGAGAGAAAAAAUAGAACUGUGCUUGUCACUUCGUGGUGGUUAUUUAUUGAAACACCCAGAGCGCCUACUGGGACUGGGUCAGUGUGAUAGAAGGGAGGCGAAGAAAAAAUUGUGGCAGUGCGACAGUGUGCAAAAUUUAACCUCUUUGUUUGGGGUCAUGGGGUUGAUGGCCUAAAUUUAAACCGGACACGCCACGUUGCAACCCCAAUAUAGAAGAUAGGAAAAUUCGUUUUUAGCUAAGUGAUUAUAACGGCGAGACGGACGUGUGCAAACGUAAGCUCGGUAGGGCUGUUAGUGUGUUUUUAUGUACGUGUGCAGACACCGACUGUGUCCUAUCCUCGUAACCGAAGUGUGGAGUGGUAAAGUGCUGUGCCUGUAGUGUCUCGCGCGCGUCGUCGUUAUCAUCGUCGGACCAAACCCGGCCGUUUGUGGAAAAGGAUUACAACUAAUUUCAUUUCGUUCGUGGUACGGUCUGAAGUGGCCCCUCUGGUGUGCGUGUGUGUGAUUGGCGCGCAAGUUGAUACUCUAUCAAAACUCGCAAGGAGAUUUAUAUUCGCCACGUGGAGAUAGGAGAGUUUACCCAGACGACAGAGGAGAAGCAGGAGCGAAGAGGAUAUAUGUACAACUCUGCACCCGUAGCACCGAUCAACGACCACACGGAAAUGGUGCUCCGGCCCGCACCGACCGCCGUCGUCCGCUGUUCCAGUAAAUGAACCGAAAAGUAAACACCAACCGGCACAGGAGAUGACCAUCAUGGAUGGUGGCGGUAACAGAUUAGAUGUUAGGCAACAGCAACACCAGCCGAGUCAACAAAAACCACCGGAAUUGUUACAACAGCAGGCACAGCAGCAACAGCAGCAACAUCAUCAUCCGCAUCAUCACUUCCAAUACCAACAGUUGCCACCGCCGCCGCACCGACAGCAGCAGCAGCAGCAGCAUGGACAAACAAACCAUUUUGCCACGACCGGUGGCAGUUUGUCCGCUUCAGCGACGGAUGGUCGCGCGAUUGCCACCGCUCCUGCCGUUGCCACCGGGCAAUUUCCGGCGUCCUUUCCCGACAGCUUCAAAGACUUUUUCGCGAUGCUCAACGAGGAGGACGACCACGUCGAUGUGUUCUCCAACAUCCUAGAGGAUAAGGAUAUCCCGCGUGGCACAAAAUGCCGUUACAGUCGUGCUUCCAACGCUGCUGGUGGCGGUGGCUCCGGCAGUUCGAGCUACAACACUGCUCCCAGCCCUAGCGGGUCAUCGUACGGAGGAAACCGAUCGCUAGGGAUGGGCCUCUCCAGCGCAAAUAACAACUACAACUUUGGUCGAUCCAGUUCGUUCCGGAUGCACCGCAAUAAGGCAUCGUAUGCGGCCGUGGUGGAACACCACCAGGAACGGCUGUUCGCGUACCCCCCGUCGAAUCAGCAGCUGCUAAUCAAAAACAUUCGCAAUCAGUUGGGCGGAUCGGGGAUAAUUCCUGGCCCAAGUGUCGCCGGUGGCAAUGGUGAAAGUGAGGACGAUAAAACGAUGAAGAAUUUGAAUCUGAUUAAAAGUGCUAUAGUGGACCGGUCGCCGUCCUCGUCGGCACUGGCUGCCGCUAGUCAAGGCGGAGGCCUAACGGUGACCGGUUUUCCCGGACCUGCCGCGAUUAAUCGGUCCAAAUCGAGCACGAAAAUCGACGACCGUUCGCCGACUUCGUUCGAGAUGAAAAAUUUUGAGUACGGUGGAAGUAGUGGCGCUGCUCCGGGGAGUGGACGAAGCUAUAAUAUCAGUGAAAACAGCGAUGAAAUCGAGGAAGACACGCUGAGCUCAAACGGCAGCAAGCAAAAUCUCUCAUCGAAGAUGACAAAAACAACCACUUCCUACUGCUUCAUGCGCCAUCACCAGCAGCAACAGCAGCAGCAGCAGCAACAACCGCAUCAACCUACGACAAAACCGCCGCACCAUGGAAGAAAUAACUCACUGCGGGUGCAUCGAUCAAACGCCGUCAUCUCGCCGUCCGCCUCGGUUGCAUCCAUGUUCAAUGCAGGAAUCAACAAACCCGCCUUCGGGGGUUCCUGUUCUUCCUUCACUGUGCCAGGAGGCGGAGGAGCAGGAGCGACAUUCGUUACGACCGCUUCCAACUGCCCAACCGGAAAAUGUCUACAGAUGGCCAACUGCAGCUGUUGCUCUACCAAGGAUUUCAUUAAACACCAAAAGUCACCCGUCUUCAACCGGCAACGGUCGUCAUCCAUUAGUGUUGCCCGGCCCACGCCCGAUCUGCACCGGUUCCUAAAAGCGGAAGCACCCCCGCAACAACCGUUAUCUCCGGGGACAAGAUUCGAACCACGUGACAAGUUCCCAUCGCUGGGGGCCAACGCUAGCGGGGCCAAUCUUGGUUCGUCGACGUCAACUUUAUCAACGCUGGUGGAAAGUGUAAGUGGUGUUAGUACAAGCACCGUCAACAACGGACCGAUCGACCAAGAAACGGCCCUCAUGCUGCUCGAUUGUGGCAACAAUAAUAGCACCAACAACAAUAACCACAAACAGCAGCUCAAUUUCAACCUUGGCAGCGGUGCUGGCAAUCUGUCAUCAUCACCUUCGGGUUACCGAUUAAAGUACGGCGCUGGCGGUGGAAGCGGUGAGGGUGCUGCCCUGGUACCCAAGUCGGAGAGUCGAUUUCAGCAGAACGGAGAAAACGAUGCCAAUUUCAGCAACCAACACCAGCACCCGGGAUACACCGCAACGGGAAACCCCGUGGUGCCACAUCGAACCGUCAGCAUUAGCACCACGGCCAUCAUUUGCGGUGGCGGCCGGGAUGGCAGCCGAACGCCGGUACCGGGCCGCGAAGCACCGGCAUCGGAUGACGCCAAGCAACAGCGGCUGCGAACGUCCAGCAUGCCGGGGGAGAAUCGAAAGCCCCGCCUGGCGGACACCCGAAGGUCGGCUAUUCACUGUGCGGACGCUGAUAUGGAGUACUACCGGCUGCGAAGCUUCAGCAUCACUUCCCACGGAAUUUGUAAUCUAGGGGAUUCGAUGAGAAGUCGCCGAUCACGGUCAAUAAAUUCGGUCACCUCGACGGGUUCCGGAGGUGGUGGAAAAGAUCGCAAGGAGAGCAGCGGUUCGCAGAAGCAAGACACGCACAUGGCUUCGGCCGAUGGCAGCGGCGAUAAUCUGUCCGCCGUCAAGGAGAAAGACAACGCCUACAAGGUGGCGAUGCUGGGAGCGUCCGGCGUUGGGAAGACGGCGUUGACCUACCAGUUCACGACUUCGGAGUACAUCUGCGCUUAUGAUUUGAGCUUGGAUGAUGACUACGGUCAGAAGACGGUUUCGGUGCUGCUAGACGGACAGGAAACUGAUCUGGAGAUAAUCGAUCAUCCAGCCUGCGAGAUGUCGGAAGAAGCGUUCUGCUCCACGUACCACAUCGACAUUUUCGUGGUGGUCUACUCGGUAGUGGAUCGAGGAUCGUUCAAGAAAGCGGAAAAGAUUCUACACUUUCUGAAGGACACCGAAAUGCUGCUAACCCGGGGCGUAAUCCUAGUCGGUAACAAAACGGAUCUCGAGCGGCAGCGAGAGGUUCCCACCAAUGCGGCUCGCCGUCUGGCGAAGGAAAUCGGUGCCAAGUUCAUUGAAACCUCCAGUGGAAUGGACUACAAUGUGGACGAACUGCUGGUGGGAAUCGUCGCCCAAGUUAAGCUGAAUCCGCAGCGCAUCCACCGGCUGACGGACAAGCAGCGGAACAGCAUUGCAGGCUCGAUAAUUCCACCGGCAAAAUCUCCAAUCAGGGGACGCAAGACAGCGAUGUCUAUGCGGGAGCUGACCGGGCGGGACGCCGCAAGUCGAAUACGACGGAUUGUACGCAGAAGCAGUAUUGGAAAGUUCGGCUCUGAAGAUGACGACGACUACGAGCUGGGCGAUAAGCGACUGCGGAAGAAACUGCAGAACUUCCAGGACGAUGAGGACGGCGAAAGCGAUGACGAGCGGUCAACGGACAAUGAAACGAAUCUGCUGCAUCAUCGCAAGCGGUUCGAGACUUGUUCAGCUCCGCAGCAGUCAACAGGCGAAGGUCGUAUUGUGAAGCGAUUAUCAUACGACGAACAAAUGCGGCAGGAUGUGGAGAGUGUGCGACAGCCCCAGGACACUCCGCACCGGUCGCCACAGGCCAGCAUCAAGCGGUUUAAUUAUAUCGAUGACAAACCUACAACCGGGGCGUGCGGUUCCGCUUCGUCGAGUCGGUUCGCCAAUCGGACCAAACUGCUGUUGACGUCUUUUUUGAAGUUCAAGCGCAAUCUGCGUGUCAAGCGACGAAGCUCCGGCAGUUGCAGUGAUUUGUUUGUUAUAUAAAAUGAGUGUUUGUGUCAAGUAGAAAAGGAAUUUCCUAUUGUUUUUGACGUUUGUACAGUACACCAAAUGGGAUCAAAGCAAACGGUUUUAACAUCUCUGUCGAAAAUGAUGGGACACAACGAAAUCAAUUUUUGUAGGCAUUGACUAGCGAUUGAAAAAUGAAAACAAAAACACAAGUAGGCUAUGGGAUUUUACUAUGACAGGCACCUUUGUUUAGAUAGUGUAUACUAAAUAUGUUGUAUUGGUUAUCAAGAAAAGUUACUGAUUAUGUAGUGCAUUUUGUUGUUAAGUUGGAUUUUUGAGAUUUUUUUAGAGCAGCCAAUCGAAAACAAGUUUGUAGGUCCAGCUACAAAAUGGAUGCAAGGUAAAUCAAAACCUAUAUGAAAUCGUAGAUGUUUGAAUAUUGUUACAAAUAAAAACGAUCAAAUAAUACCAACACAGACAGCAUAGUGAGUUGGUCAAAGCUAAUUGGAACUGUAAAAUUGUUGACCAAUCCUUAAAAAUCGACUUGUAACGGAAUUGAGGGAUCUCACACCUUGAAUUUUUUUUUGUUCUCUAAAAAAGAGUUUGCUCGACUGUGGGUAGCCAGCAGCUGUGUUGAAGCUGAAAUUUCCCAUCCCGUUUGUCAAAAAGAAAAAUAGUUCAACGAAGUCGUAUUUUCCACACAAACAAAAAAAUGCCACGAUUGUUCUUAGUUCGCGAAAUAAAACGGCAUUAAAUUGUCACACGUGUGUAAAUUAAAAUGUGUCGCAGUCUUCCUGCAACUGUCAAAAAUUAAGGAUGACUAAUUUCAUGAAUAAAAUACAUGAAUAAUACACCAAAAAAAAGCGAAUGCAAAUUUGCAUAUCGUCGCCACCACGCUAACACCCACAUAUCCAAUCAAUCUUUCGACAGUUCCGCCGCCACCACUGGCGGUAACGGAAGUAAGCAUUUUACAAUAUUCCAAUUUAUAACCUAUCACACGAUUAUACUACGUCCGCUCCGCUGUUUCCGACCGACGCGACACACACACGGUGUGCGCCGCAAAAAAGAGACAAAAAAAAUCAAAUCAAAUCUGAUGAACAAUAAAAUUACGCUAAAUCGGAGUGAUUGUCGUCACACCACGAGAGCUAGAGAGUAGCUAAUUGAAA